AUGUUUAUGAUUAUGGAAACAGAGGACGACUUCUCGUUUGAAAGGAAGGCCCAAAUGGACGCCAAUAAUCCCAAAGUUCAGGAAUGGGAACAACUUAUGUGGACAUUCCAGAAGUCUUUGCCAUUCGCUAAGCAAGGGCUUGACCUCAAAGAUGAUCCAAAAGUCAUCGAAGAGUAUGACAGAUAUCACAGAAACGUGUGGCCGGAGAUGAUCAAGAGUCUCAAGGACUCGGGUGUCGUUGAUAUGGAGAUAUACAGACUGAAGAACAGACUGAUUCUGAUUAUGGAG